AUGCCUGACAGAGCCCCUGCGUAUGUGAGUGCGCGAUCAGCGGACGAGAUCCUGUCAAGUAUCAGACCGACGAGGAUCAAGAGCGAGUCUCUACGGUCCCUCAACAUAUUUCUCGAUGAAUUGUUAUGGCUUAUUUUACACUCGGCCCGUUCGCUCGCCACCAACCGACUCAAGGCUGGGCUAUUGCAGAUCAUGCCGGGCACUGUCGGCAAGGACGCUAUUCUCGAAGCUGAAGUCGAACUCCGAGCAUACCGCCAACGUUCUCCGAGUCUAGGCCCCGAGGAGCAAGGGCUUAAACAAGCUGAAUUCCCCCUUCAGCCAACAUUCGAGCUCCUUCGCCAAAAAUGCGAGGCAUAUUGCACGUUGGGAGACCUCGAAGAAAAUGUGGUUGUCGAAUCAGCCCUGCAAGAGAAGAUGCUCGGCGGGGGGCCCUCCCUGUACUUGACCGCCAUUCUAGAGCAUAUCUGCGAGCACGUAUUGAAUAAUGUGGGGCAAGUAGUAGCCAGAGACAGCAGUCGAGGGACGGCCUAUUCUCUGGACGUCUACACUGCACUCUGCGAAGACGCUACGAUAUACCCGCUAUUCAAAACCAUGAAAGUACACGAGCAAAUAGAGGCUCAAUCUCGCGCAUUUAGACCAUCACAUCGCGGCUCUUCAUCCAUCAGUGGAGGGAUACGCACGAGGUCCAUUUCCCGUGUGAAGCCGGACGAAGAUCUGGGUCCUGCUCGCAAAAUGAGCAUACCCACCUCACCGAGCGCCAUGCCUACCGCUUCCUCCCCCACCAACACCUCUUCGUCAUUAUUCAGUCGACGACCGUCGGCAGACGUGGUUCUGACAACCGGUGUACCUGCCCAAUCCAGCUCCAGCAAAUCCUCACUAGAACGGACGCGAACAUCACUAGAACGCAUUACAGGGAAGAAAUCCAUGGAGCGCUCAAAUUCUACCCGGGCAGGGGACAAGAGUGGCCGGGGAAUAAAGCUGUUCGGUAAGGGAAGCGGUCGUCAUUCCUCGGAAGAUGUGCCGAGCAACCAUAUGGCCCCUUUCCCGAGCAUCUCGGUGAAAGAAUUGCCCACCGAGCAAUCAGCUGCCUCUCAGUCUGGUGGUACCCGCCAGGGCACCGUGUUUGAACAGGGUCCGAAUCGUGAAUCUGACGCAGGCGACGAAAGCGAUGGUCCCUACGCACAAGAUUUUGACGAACUUAUGCGCUCAGGCGCUACAAUGAAAGUAUCCUUGACACCCGAUCGUCUAAAAACAUUCGAGGUGUUUUCAAAGCAGAAAAAGUCGCGCGGACAACUUCCAGACAACUCCCCCCCUCCUCCGCUUCCUACUCCCCGCUCUCCCGACUCGACCGCCAUGAGCCCCGUGCCACGCAUAUCCUCUGCCCCCCGCGACGUCGACGCCAUCAUGGAGGCUGACGAAUCGGGAACACGGUCCCGGGCGCAAAGCCUCGCCCCGCAAUUUCUGUCAGAAGAACCCUCGAUCCCUGCCGUGGUUGUCCCAGCCGUCCCAGCUGUCCCGGGACGGUCAAGAUCCCAUACGGAAUCUGGCUCUACCCGGCCCUCGAUCGGAACAAAACCCUCGAAUGGACCCGGUCUCUUGCGCAAAGCCUCAUUCAACGGUUCAUCACGCACCCGCUCCGGUUCUGAUACCACCCCACCAAACGAACCUUCUGUCCGCACUCGCAAGGUUUCCGAAGCACCCAAACUGGCUACUAUGGCUGCGAGCCCGGUACGAAAGCGCGGCCCAGCCCGCCGCCGUGAGUCGAUGGAUUUGGACGACAUCAUUAACGAGCCCAUUACCCCUCGACGCGGUGGUGGUGGCAGUGGUGGUGCGCUUGUCGCCAAACCUGCGCACCAGACGGCCAACACACGCGACCUCAUCGACUUUUUGUCCGAAGGUCCACCAGGCCCGUCUCCUCACAUUGCGCGCUCAGCUAGCCAGGGAACCAUCGACCCCGUUGGCCCUGCCGUCAAGCCCAAGCAAAGUGGAAGCGGCAGCAGUUGGUUCAAACGUCUCGUGGGUGGGAGCUCAACAUCCAAUGGCGAGCGCUCAAUUCCGGUGCCUGAUGUACCCGAGCCUGCUUCUGCAACGCGUAUCCUCGGUAAACAGCGAUCGGAGAAAAACCUACGUGGGACUUCUACGAGCGGCCUGGCUGCAUAUGGCAAAGUACCUCCCUCACCCGCGCUUAGUGUCGAUACUGGCCUUCAUGCUAAUCCAUCGCUGACCUUGGGUCGUCGAGCAUCACCGAAUCGCAAGGCUGUACCUUCCUGGGAUAUUGAAACUGGCACACUGCGAUCGGCUGAUGGUCACUCAAUACAGAUACAGACGACCUUGUCCCCCCAGCGCGACGUGUUUGGUGCUCAGCAAUCAACGCCUGAACCCGCCCGGUCGCUCUCGCCCGCCUCGAGCAAGCCGUCAUUGAGGCGAGUUCCCGUGCCAAAGCUUGACGACGACACUUCCUCCCGAGCCGACGUAUCCGAGCACGGUCUGCAACUGAUCCCGGAGCCCAUUUCUGUGCCCAAGGCGCCCGAGACCGGGCUAUCCAAGCCUGAGCGAAGGAGGCCGGGGAAAAUCCAAGACCCCAGCUUCGCAAGCACAAAAGUCCAGGACAAAUUGCGUGAAACGAUUCGGCCUACAUCGCCCAUUGCAAACAUUACUGCAAGCCAAGCUGCGGAACUCCGGGCUGCGAUUGCCCAUGCUACUUCAGCCGACGAAUGCAGAAUGCUAUUGGAUCUUGUGCUUGGACAGUGGGGUGUAGGAAGACAUGAUCCAGAACCUUCCUCUGUUCCUCCCUUGUCCGCUGGUUGCUCUGAUUUCGACGACACGGACGAGGCCAUGGCUGUGGAUAUGCUCCUUGGCGAGGGUAACCUCAAGCGCGAACGUCAAUGGCCUCUGACGCCCAAGGAUUCACAUCCCAAGUUGUAUGAAGCUCGAGUGGCGGCCUCUCUUCGUUCUGCUGAAUAA